ACGUUUAUUCGAUUAGCUAAGAAAACUGUUUGUAUGUGUACAUAAGCACAUGCAUACAGAAUGCUGAUGGAAUUUCGUGUGAUGCAUGAAAAGCGUGAGAGAUAUAUUACUCAUAUAAUUACUCAAUAAGAAAUUACUCAUGCACGGUGUGAUUUUGAAAAAUUUUAAAUGGUUUCACACCAGGAAACCGUUGAUGUAUAGUCAAACAGAAUUGAAAUCCAUUUGUAUAAAUUCAAUUGCAACGAGAAGCAUCUCACAGAUUGCUAUGGUAGAUGAAGAAAAAGACUUUGAAGUCGAAAUUAUGCAGUCAGAGCUGCAUACGUUGUCUUGGCUAUACAAAGCUGCUCCAUGCUUCCCUAUAAAUGGAUCGAAGAUUAAGAUUAUUCAUGAACCCAGCAUGUUUUAUUCUACUCUUAUAGAAAAAUGUAAAAAUGCAAGGAGAAGAAUAACAUUUGCAUCCCUGUAUUUAGGCACUGGAAAAUUAGAAAUUAAUUUAGUAAAAGCUAUAGAUCAGGCUUUGAGUACAAGUAAUGGUAAUGUUGAAGUUAAAAUUUUGUUGGAUUUUAUGAGAGGUUCCAGAGGUAAAUUGAACUCGCGUAAAAUGUUAGAACCGUUACUUAAAGGGAAAUAUGGUAAUUGCUACCAGAUUUUUCUGUACCAUACUCCAAAACUUCGAGGAUUAUUAAAGAUGAUGAUACCAGAUCGUUUCAAUGAAUUAGUAGGACUACAGCAUAUGAAGUUAUACUUAAUAGAUAACGACAUAAUAAUUAGUGGAGCUAAUCUUAGCAAUGAUUAUUUUAUGAACCGACAAGACCGUUACUUCCUAAUCGAAGAUUGCAAAGAGCUUUGCGAUUUUUACAAUGAAUUAGUCGAAAGAGUAGGAGAAUUUAGCUUUCUGCUCCAACCAGAUGGAACUGUAGUAUUAAAUUCUACCGCAAACAUUCAUCCGUUUAAAGAUUCUUCGAAAAAAUUCAUCGAAAGUGCCGCGCAUAGCGUGAAAACUUUUAUGCAAAGGGAAAUAGAACGCUCUAAUUUUGAAAAAAUAGGAAAAGAUUCAAAUACGGAUACUUGGAUCUUCCCUUUGAUACAAAUGGGUCAACUAAACGUUCAUCAUGAUAGCGAAAUAACAUUGAAACUUUUACGAACGGCACCACCAGGUACAACACUUAGAUUAGCAACUGGUUAUUUUAAUUUAACUUCAGAAUACAGCAAUGCAUUACUUAGCGACUGCAAAGGAAUAUGUCAUCUCCUAACAGCGCAUCCAACUGCCACUGGCUUCUUUUCUGCAAAGGGUGUUGCUGGUGGAAUUCCAGCAGCGUAUACGAUAAUAGAAAAAUCGUUUGUCAAUCUCUGUGACGUCAUGGGACAACAAAAAAGAGUGACUUUAUGGGAAUUUAUUAAAUCAGGAUGGACGUACCACGCGAAAGGAUUAUGGUAUUCUUUACCAGGGCAAGAGAAACCUUGUCUGACACUUAUUGGAUCACCUAAUUUUGGUUAUCGAUCAGUCAGCAAGGAUUUAGAAACUCAAAUUGCUGUGUUGACGAAAAACCAGAAGUUACAGAAUGAAUUGCAAAAAGAACACGAACGAUUAUUUUUGUGCGCGAAGCCAGUAACAAACAGAACAUUUAACGAACAAGAUAGAAUUCCGCCGAGAUGGGUAUGCGGCAUAGUUUUGCUGUUUCGAUAUUAUUUUUAAAUAAUAUGGGAUAGAUGAAUUAAAAAAAUUAUCCCUUGUACAAAAUAAAAACGUAAAUAAGAAUGAUCGAUCGAG